AAAGCUUUGACAAUUUGGUACAUUUUCAUACAAAUAAUAUCUCUCUCUUUGUCUGUAUCGAGCUAUUAGAUGUCAGUAAUGGAAGCUAAAAGCGCUGAAUUCAAACAGAUCCUGGUAGAAGGAGAUUCUUCUGUGAGGAGGAUCAUACUGAACAGGCCUAAGCAGCUAAAUGCACUAUCAUUUCAAAUGGUAUCCAGCCUAUUAGAUAUUUUCCUUCACGCAGAGAAGGAUGACAAUCUCAACUUAGUUAUUUUGAAGGGUAAAGGAAGAGCUUUUUGUGCAGGUGGUGAUGUUGCAACUGUAGUUCGUGAAAUUAAUAAUGGAAACGCAAAAUUUGGUGCUGAUUUUUUCAGAACAGAAUUCACUUUAAAUUAUGUGAUGGCUACAUAUACCAUGCCCCAGGUUUCUAUUCUUGAUGGAAUUGUCAUGGGAGGUGGGGCAGGCGCUUCAAUUCAUGGCAAUUUUCGAGUUGCUACAGAAAAUACGGUAUUUGCAAUGCCAGAAACCGGUAUAGGACUCUUCCCGGAUGUGGGUGCCACUUAUUUUUUACCCAGGCUUCCUGGAUUUUUUGGUGAAUAUGUUGGCCUUACUGGUUGUAGGUUGGAUGGUGCCGACAUGCUAGCCUGUGGCCUUGCGACCCAUUUUGUCCCCUCUGAGAGAUUGCCUUCAUUAGAAGCUGCUCUAGGAAAUGUAAACUCAAGAAAUCUAGCCCUUGUUUCUGCAAUUAUUGAUGAAUACUCUGAGCUACCAAAUCUAAAAGAGAUGAGUGCAUAUAGCAGGUUGGAUAUUAUCAACGAUUGCUUCUCUAGAAGAACAGUUGAAGAAAUCUUAAAUGCACUAGAAAGGAAGGUUACAAUCACAACAGAUUAUUGGAUCUCUUCAACAAUUCAAUUACUGAAGAAGGCAUCACCAACUAGUCUUAAAAUCUCCCUUAGAUCGAUCCGGGAAGGGAGGCUCCUCGGCAUUGGCCAAUGUCUUGUUCGUGAGUACAGAAUGGUUUGUCAUGUUAUGAGUGGAAGACUCAGCAAGGAUUUGCUCGAGGGUUGUAGAGCUGUACUGUUGGAUAAGGAUAAGAACCCCAAGUGGGAACCCUCUUCACUUCAACUAGUUAACGACGAAAUGGUUGAUAGCUACUUCAUGAAGGCGGUUAAUAACGAAGACUACAAGGAAUUGGACCUUCCCCUAAGACCUGACUUACCCAUUUAUGCUCUUGCCAAGCUCUAGUUCAACUUCAACAAUUUUACAUUCUUUUACUCAGUUAUUCUAGCACAUUCUCCAAAAUGCCCUUAAGGUAGUGGCUAUAAUAUGGGGUUGACCUUAAGUUCCAAGAAUCGGUUUUUAUAAGUUCAAAUGUCACAAGUUCGAUUUUGACUUAAUUCUUAGUGUGUCCAAUAGAACGAUGAAUUAGUCAUAAUUUAAUUUGUAUCCUUGCUAUAAAGACAACUUCAUAAGAUUAUAUGGGAAUCAAGGGAUAAUAUUUUUCUUGUUUAAUUAAAUUAAUAUUGAUAC